CCCGGCCCGGCAUGGAGCUGGUAGCACCAAUGCGGUUGUACACCCUGUCCAAGCGUCAUUUUGUUCUGGUGUUUGUGGUGUUCUUCAUCUGCUUUGGCGUGAUUGUCUUCAUUGGAAUAGCUGGUCCAGAAAUUAUUACGUCCAGACCAUUAGCACCAAUUUUACCAAAAGGCAAAGAUAAUUUAGCUCAGCCAUUAAAACUGCGAAUACCAGGCCUGUCCACAUACAAUCAAGAGCUAUGGUUGAUGUGUCGUUUUGAACUGAACAAGACUACAAAUGUAGACUUCCAGAAAAUUUUCACAAUGGAGGUCACUAUAAGUGGAGCCGAGCAGGACGCCAGUGUGGCAAACUUCAAUGAUAAGGCUCACAAUCACACCAGAUUACUUCACUGCGCAGGACAAACGUGUGAUGAAAUCAUUGUGCUGCAUUUGGGUUAUUUGAACUAUACAGAGUAUGUAAUUAUUGUCAGAUUUUACAGUCUAGAAGACUUACAGUACAAGAUAAAGAAUGUGAAUUUCACAUUGAAGAUGUAUAAUGCCUCCUUUUCACAAGUGGAAAUCUGGUUCAGGUUCAUCUUUGUCGUUUUCACAUUCAUGGUGACUUGCCUAUUUGCUCACUCUUUGAGGAAGUUUUCGAUGAGAGAUUGGGCGAUAGAACAGAAAUGGAUGUCCAUCCUUUUGCCUUUGCUGCUGCUUUAUAAUGACCCAUUCUUCCCACUCUCAUUCCUUGUGAACAGUUGGUUUCCAGGAAUGCUGGAUGAUCUUUUCCAGGCUAUUUUCCUGUGUGCGUUGCUGCUGUUUUGGCUCUGUGUUUAUCAUGGAAUUCGUGUGCAGGGGGAGAGGAAGUUUGUGACUUUCUAUAUGCCUAAAAUUCUUAUUGUUGGACUCCUUUGGUUGGCUGCAGUAACUCUGGGGAUAUGGCAGACAGUUAAUGAGUUACAUGACCCAACAUACCAAUACAGAGUGGAUACAAACAACUUCCAGGGAAUGAAGGUUUUCUUUCUAAUUGUGGGAUCCCUGUAUAUACUGUACCUUGUUUUCCUGAUUGUGAGGGCCUGUUCAGAACUGAAAAACAUGCCAUAUUUUGAUCUCCGACUGAAGUUUUUGACAGGACUAACAUUUAUUGUGCUGGUAAUAAGCAUCGUAAUCUUAUACCUGAGGUUCGGAUCAAGGGUUCUGCAAGAUAACUUUGUGGCUGAGCUUUCAACUCACUAUAAGAACUCAGCUGAAUUCUUAUCCUUCUAUGGCUUGCUGAACUUUUACCUCUAUACAUUGGCCUACGUCUAUUCCCCUUCGAAAAAUGCUGUUUAUGAGUCCCAGCUGAAAGAUAACCCAGCCUUUUCCAUGCUAAAUGACUCUGAUGAUGAUGUGAUCUACGGGAGCGACUAUGAAGAAAUGCCUUUACAAAAUGGUCGUGCCAUUAAAUCUAAGUACCAGGAUGAAUCUGACAGUGACUGAACAAAGGAUCUCCAAUGGCUGUACCCUAACCAGGAAUAGAUACACUACACUCGUGGGUUUGGAAAACGGAAGGAUGAAAUAGAAUUUUCAUUGAAAUAUUUUCUAUGUGACCAAUCUCAUAACUACUUCAGUACCUAAGUAACUAAAAUCACAUCAUGGUAACUUUACAUGUGGUAUUGUAAAUAUUUAACCUUCUCAUGCACUUCUGCUAGCUGUUCUGUCUGAUUCUUAGUACAUUUUAAACAAACGACUGGUUUGUGAUUAGGGAACGGGGAUCCUGGGGCAAACCAGGUGCUGAAGGCAUUUAUAGUAUUUCCUCUUUUAUUUGCCUUCUUCAGGGAGGAUGGGAUGGAGAGAGAGAACACGUUUUAUUAUUGGAAACCAACACAUGAAGCUUCUAAAACAUCAUUUGGUCUUACUCUGAACAUGUGCAAUGAUAUGAAUGUUUUCUUGAGUGUUGUGGAACCUCUUUUUAAAAUUACAAACUGAUAUACAAGAUGAAUGAGACUCACUAAAAAGAUCAGAUGUAGGGCAAAGAUGUAAUGAAAUGAUGUAUUUUAAAGCAAAUCAGGUUGCUACUUGGGAUUCUUUAUUUGGAACAAUUUUAAAAUCAAGAGUGUCUUAAAUUUGUAAUUUGCUGAUGAAGAAAAAUAAGUGCAAAAACAGGAUCCUUGUUUCUUAAUUUUAAGUGUGGAUCAGAUUACCUUUUAAGUAUGAGGCUGUGCAUAGUAACAUUUGUUUGAAGAAUACAGUGCAAUAUAGGAGCUAAUAGAUGCAUUGGCUUACAUUAUUACCAACCAUAUCACAAAAUGAUAAAGGGAAACAACAGUUGUUUACUUGCUCAUCAUUGUGAUAAAUAACUAAUUAUUGUACUUCAUCAAUAAGAGUUAAUCUAUUCUGUGACAUAGGAAUAUGCUAGAACUUUUAAUUUCAGGAGCAACCUAUAUUAAUAUAGUAUCCAUAGUCUUCAUGCACCAAUUACAUUCCAGGAAGGAACAAUUUUAAUUGCUUUGUUUCUGUAGAAAUCUUUGAGGUAAAAUUGGUCGUAAAGAGUUCUCUCUUCUGUUUUCCAUUUCUCUUCCCCUGUUUUAUUUACAAGUUUGAUUGACUAGAAAUGUGUAUUUUUCUGUGGGUCUUAACUUACCGUGGAUAAAUAGAUUCUGGUGCUCUAAAAUCUAAAUGAACGCACACAUUCAAGGAAGUUCAUGACCAUUGAUUGUGUGUAUUUGUUUUUACAAAUCUUUAAUUGAUCAGUUGUUGUCAGAUUCCUGAUGUCACAUUGCAUAUUUACUGCCUAAAUAUCUCUCCAGUCUAUAUACAAAUAGCUUUUGGGCAUUUAGUACCAUCAUUGAUCCUUACUGUGAUUUAAUAAGGUUUAACAUUGGUACUAAGUAUCUGAAGCAAUUGUUUUGCCCACUAGUUAUUAGAUCCUGUUGCAGGUGAACAUUGGUUUAGUUUUCUAAAUAUCACUCAAUCUCCUCAGGAAAGUAUGUGAGACCAUUGUCAUUUUUUUAAAGAAACAAAUCAUUUGAAAACCGUGUUAUCUGACACCCUAGUGCAAUACUAGGGGAGCAGAGGUGCCGUCUUUCAGAUUAGAUGUUAAACAAAAACCAAAGUCCUGUUUAGGUGGAUCCUGAAGAUUCCAUGGUACUAUUUGAAAAAAGAGCUUCUCCUGGUGUCAUGGCCAACAAUCUUCUACAUAAAAUUGGUCAUUUACUUCAUGGCUUUUGGUGGACAUUGCUGUGUGCAAAUUGGCUGCCACGUCCGCCUAGUCAAUGCACAAGUCAAUACACUUUACAGCAAUUCCCUGGGAAACACUUAAAAUGUUUUGACGUUACAGACCCAAUGUAAAAUGCAAGGUUUAUUUAUAUUGUUGUUUGUUUAGUUGGAGUAUUUACUAUUUCCUAAGAGAUCCACUAUGUGAAUUUAAGGUGAGACUUGUACCUUCCAGAUGUAUACAUAAUCUUGCUUGAAUGAUUUUCUUCCAUUCUUUCUUGUUUGCUCCCAAUCAAAUCCGUGCAAUGGUUAUUUAUAUUCUUCCCUUGUUUAGUUCCUGUAUUUUCCAUUCCCAAAGAAGCUCGCAAUGUAAGCUUUAGCUGAGACUUGUACAUUCCUAAUGAGGUGCACAAAUAAUCUUGGUUAAUUUAACCGAAUACCUUACAUCUUCUUUUGUAAGGCACCAGAGGACACUAUUAAUAUUAUGCAUGGAAGAACAGGACCAGUCUUAGCCAUCUUCCUGCUUGUGUGUGCACAGUGCCAGAAGCCUAUCUUGUUUGAGAACUUUAUAUAUCAGCACUUUAUUUAGCUUCACUUUUUAUAUCUUUACCCUACUUGUGUACGCAUUUGGUUCCAUGGUCCUGAUUGCUGUCCAGUACCGCCCACAAAUAUUUAUUUUAUAUGCGUGAGCUAAAAUGGUGUCAGCAAGCUUUUCAGCUGUUUGGUGGUGCCAUGUUAUCCCGUUAUUAAUCUUAUGAGCGAAACGGUAAAAGUUUGAAAUAAAUUUUAAAAGUUUUUGUUGAGCGUAAGUUCCCGUCUUCACCCAAUGCCUACACACUGAAAAGCAUCAUUAAGAAACUUGGCUUUUUGCUUUCCUGUCUUCAGUCAAAGAAGCUUGGAAUCCAAUUCCUAUGAGCCUUCUCUCACCUUGCUGACAUCCACUACUUCCACCCAGACGUGGGAGCUACUUGGUGUGUGUGUGAAUGUAUGUGUAUGUAUAUAUAUAUAUAUAUGUAUGGUUGUUACCAACUGAGCCAUUAGGAAGCCUUUUAUAUUCCAUUUUCUAGUGUUUGGAGUAACUGCUGCCAUUUAAUAAUUUAUCACCACACAUACAAUGUGGGAUGUUUCCGAUUUUCCUGUGGAUCACAUUUAGAGGAAAUUUGAAAGUUAUUAAACAGAAACAUUUCUAAAUAAUAGUGCAAUAUCAGCAGAACCUCAAUGUGUUCUGCUGGUAACUUUACUCUUGGGUUGGUUGAAAAAGUGUACUAGUUUGAUAAUUUUGACCAAUAUACACCUUCAUCAUUUCUCAAGAUGGGAUCAUGUGUUUAAUCCCAGGAUGUGGAAAUCGACAGUUGAAUCCCAGGUUAUCCCAUUGUUAAUUUUGUGAGCAAAUGGUAAACAUUUGAAAUAAAUUUUAAAAGUUUUUGCUUGAACAUCUAAUUUUUUUGAAAUAAACUGAAUUGUGCCAACUGCCAAUUUGCAGCCUUCAAUGAGAAAUAAAGUUGCAAAAGAUUCGUAAUAUUUGACUAAAUUAAAUGUAUGUUAAAUUAAUUGUACUGCGUUUGUAAAAUAAAUUGAAUGUAGUAGUAUAUGUGCAUCUACUGGGACUGUAAAUAUUGCAGCUAACAAAGUAUUGUAUGUGAGAAGCUAAUAGAAGUGAACUUCUGAAUCUUUGAUUGGGAUUCAUUACUGCAUUUUAAAAUGGGAAUAUCUGAUUACUUUAAGACUACUGAGCAUUAUUUGUAUUGAGGCUCAUUUAAAUGAACAGUUAUGUACAUAUCUAGGCUUAUACCUAAUUUGAGUUGAUGCCAAUAAAAAAACACUUUCAGUUGA